GCUGAUGGCCAUAGAUUCGUCCGAAUGGCAUUGUUGAGAUUCUUUCAAAAAACAAUUCUUUUUUUAAUUCUUCAAUCAACAACUAGAAAAUCUCAAAAGUUAAAAAAAAAAAAAAAUCUACUUUGCAACUAAGAUUUUUCUGUCAUCUGCAAGAUUAUUUUUUUCUCUUCUGAUCAGACAUGAACUGUCUUCAAAAUCUUCCAAGUUUCAGAUCCUAUGCAUUGCCAUUUCAUGGUUUCAAGUGCAAUCCUAGAAAACCCUUUUCAUGUUCUAUUAAUAUGAUGGGAGGGAAGAAUUCUGGUGAUAUACCGCGAAGUAUGGAAGUUAAGGCAAUUUCAGGUUCCACAUCAAGUGAAAAGAGGAGUAGCUCUGACUCAGAGGAGGGGAAAUCCGAGAUAUAUAGUCAUAAUAUGACAGAAGCUAUGGGUGCUGUUUUAACUUAUAGGCAUGAACUGGGAAUGAACUAUAACUUUAUCCGUCCAGACCUAAUUGUGGGUUCAUGUUUGCAGACUCCUAAAGACGUUGACAAGCUUCGUAAAGUCGGAGUGAAAACCAUAUUUUGCUUGCAGCAAGAUCCAGAUUUGGAAUUUUUUGGGGUUGAUAUUGGUGCCAUUCAAGAUUAUGCCAAGAAAUGCGGUGAUAUUGAACACAUACGUGCUCAAAUAAGCAGGGACUUUGAUUCAUUUGAUUUACGGAUGCGGCUUCCGGCUGUGCUUAGUAAAUUGUACAAGGCUAUAAAUCGGAAUGGAGGUGUAACGUAUAUACAUUGUACUGCUGGACUUGGAAGAGCUCCUGCUGUUGCGUUGGCAUUUAUGUUCUGGGUUCAAGGCUAUAAACUUGGUGAAGCUCACAGAUUGCUGCUGAGCAAACGUGCAUGCUUCCCUAAAUUGGAUGCCAUCAAAAGUGCAACUGCUGAUAUUCUCACGGACCUCAAGAAGGAGCUUGUCACUUUGACAUGGGAAGACAGCAAGUGCUCUACGGUGGAAGUUUCUGGACUUGAUAUAGGGUGGGGUCAGAGAAUACCUUUGAAGCUGGACAAGGAACAUGAAUCAUGGACUCUUCAGAGAGAACUGCCGGAAGGACGCUACGAGUACAAGUAUAUAGUUGAUGGUGAAUGGACAAUCAAUGAAUUCGAGCUGCUAACGACUCCUAAUAAAGAUGGCCACAUCAACAAUUUUCUCCAUAUUGUGGACAAUGAUCCAAACAGUGUCAGUGCAGUAGUUCGAAAGAGGUUGACUAGCGAGAAUCCUGAUCUUACGAAGGAAGAAAGAUUGAAAAUUAGACAGCUUCUUGAAUCCUAUCCCGAUGAAGAGUGAACCAAAAAUUACAAUACAUGGCAUCUUGCAUUGUAUUCCUGUAAAAUUUGUUUGAAAUAAGCUUGUAUCAUAGCAAUAUGAAACUGUUGUGGAAUAGUUACAUUACAAUAAAUAAAAUUGUUUGCUUAAGUUCUUAUA